AAAGCAGCCCCCGAGACCACGUGGCCUCCGAGCAGCUCAGGGCGACCUUGAAAGUUCUUGGGUCUGCGGGUUAUGGCCGGUCCUUUGCACGGCGGUCGGGCCCGGGCCCUGGACCUACUCCGGGGCCUGCCGCGUGUGAGCCUGGCCAACUUAAAGCCGAAUCCUGGCUCCAAGAAACCGGAGAGACGACCAAGAGGUCGGAGAAGAGGUAGAAAAUGUGGCAGAGGCCAUAAAGGAGAAAGGCAAAGAGGAACCCGGCCCCGCCUGGGCUUUGAGGGAGGCCAGACUCCAUUUUACAUCCGAAUCCCAAAAUACGGGUUUAACGAAGGACAUAGUUUCAGACGCCAGUAUAAGCCUUUGAGUCUCAAUAGGCUGCAAUAUCUGAUUGAUUUGGGUCGUGUUGAUCCUACUCAACCUAUUGACUUAACCCAGCUUGUCAAUGGGAGAGGUGUGACCAUCCAGCCACUUAAAAGGGAUUAUGGUGUCCAACUGGUUGAGGAGGGUGCUGACACCUUUACGGCGAAAGUUAAUAUUGAAGUACAGUUGGCUUCAGAACUGGCUAUUGCUGCCAUAGAAAAAAAUGGUGGUGUUGUUACUACAGCCUUCUAUGAUCCAAGAAGUCUGGACAUUGUAUGCAAACCUGUUCCAUUCUUUCUUCGUGGACAACCCAUUCCAAAAAGAAUGCUUCCACCAGAAGAACUGGUGCCAUAUUACACUGAUGCAAAGAAUCGUGGGUACCUGGCGGAUCCUGCCAAAUUUCCUGAAGCACGACUUGAACUCGCCAGGAAGUAUGGUUAUAUCUUACCUGAUAUCACUAAAGAUGAACUCUUCAAAAUGCUCUGUACUAGGAAGGAUCCAAGACAGAUUUUCUUUGGUCUUGCUCCAGGAUGGGUGGUGAAUAUGACCGAUAAGAAAAUCCUAAAACCUACAGAUGAAAAUCUCCUUAAGUAUUAUAGCUCAUGAAUUCCUGCCCAAGAAAGCAAGAAAGCAGAGUUGUUAAAGAGUACUGGAAUAGGGGCUGAAUGAUCUAUAUUCCUCAUUGCAUUUUCCUUAUGUAUAAUUUUCCAGAUGGUGAUGUUACUUUUCAAUGUACUCAUAUGUCUCAUUUUCAUCUAAAAUUAAAAUGGCAGGAAACAAGGACUGCAUAGAGAAACUGA